AUGACAGACCUUCCACUUCGGGUCCGCCCACGUGGCCCGGAACGGAAAUUGGCCCCCGCCUCCACGCCCUCCCUGGACAAACUUCCAGUCGAGCUACUGGAGAUUGUAACCAACAAUCUGGGUCGUCCGAUUGACAUCGUGAAUUUGGCCCUCACUUGCACUCGAUUGCGCCAAUUCGUGCAGCUUUACGGAUGGGAAGCUUUCUUGAAAGGACGAUUCGGGCUUUUCAGGCCCUCCGGUGAUGCGAAGUCCACGGCGCAUGGCUUGACGACUUUAUACCGCAACUGGGAUAGGAAAGCGUUUACGGCAAGAUAUCUGGAGCCUAGUAAAAAUGUCACCAGUCUCAAUUCGGGAGACAAAAUCAGAUGGAGAGGUCCACAGGGGCAGACGAUGGGCUACCAGCCGAGUGUGGAUAGCUACGAAGAGAUGGGUAGUGAAUGGGUGGAUAGGAAAGAGGUGCUGGCAUGGUCCGCUGGGGCGAAUGUUGUCGUGAGGGUCAAAGAGACGGGCCACAGAGGCGCAAGGGUGUGGCAGGAGAUGGGAGUUGACACCGAAGACCCACAUGAGCCGGGCAUGUUUGGGCAUCCGAAUGCGUGGUAUACGUACAAAAUUCCGGAAAGCUUCGAAGGACGCGACGAUAUCACGGCACUGAAGCUUUUACGGCCGCACCAGAAGAGUAGUGAUAUUGAAUGUACGGUAUUCGGAACAGCGUCUGGACGCCUGUCGAUGCUGAGCGCCGAUCUGGAACAGCGCCGAGCAACGGAACAGCUAUACGAUACUAGUGGCCGCGCCGUGGGCUCGAUAUCCGUCUCGGCUGCAUCAGAACCUUUGAUAGCUGCCAGCCUGGGCGACUCCUCGAUCGCCCUUUAUUCUGGAAACUACGAUCAGACUAGCGGAGAUCCCGUUGAAUCUUUCAGCGAAGUUAGGCCUAUUGAGCCGGGCAUGCGCGUCGGACGCAUAUGGUCCACCAACUUCAUAUCAGACUCAAAACUCGCCAUUGGGCUAGGUCCCACGCUCGAGCCGAUACAGGUCUACGGCAUCACACCCGGUGGCUUGACAGCAGAGCCAUUGCGCAAAAUCAAUCUGAACUCAAGUGACGUGAACCGGACCUUCCUGACUGGCAGCGAUGCAGUCGAACACGCAAUGAGACACAUCCCUCGCCCAUAUAAUACCUCCGUUUACCCAAUUAUUCCCAUUCCCACCGAGUCGCAAGGUGGCUCAUCCAAGGAGGUAUUCUUAUCGGGCGGAUAUGACGGCCUUGCACGACUGCACGAUCUCCGGUCCCCACACGACUUCGAAACCGUCUUCUGGGACGUCACCAACGAUUCUGCAGUAUACUCGCUCGCUUGCCAAGGCCUUGAGCGCUUCGUAGCAGGAAGUUCAAUGCACAGCAUGCUAAAAGUGUUCGAUUUGCGUUUCUCAGGCUCGCAUGCUUAUCACACUAUUCCUAUUCCUCCAGCGACCAAUUCACGACCUAAGCGUCAAGACCACACCUACAAUGCCAUCAUCGAUAGAUUCCAAGACACCGACAAGAGACCUGUAACCGGCGGGUGGAACGUCUUCCUCAGCCCCCGAAACUCCAGACCGGGUGGCGCACGGCAUCCCUACCGCCCCGGUCCGCGUAACGAAGACUCCCCCGUCUACAGCCUGUCCAUCCCUUCCCCAUACUCCACAAACAUAUACGCCGGUCUCGAAGGCUGCGUGCAAAACCUAACCUUCGUAAGCGUCCUAGACGCGCAUCCCGACCCACUCCUUUCCCAUUCCUCGGCCUAUCUGCCUGAACGGCAACGCAACGACAUCAAGGCUAUGUACAAUCCCUACAAUGACGUCUUGAACCUGGGCAUGUACGAACAGGGUAGCGAAGAGGGCUUGGGCAUGCAGUUGUUGACGCAGGACGAUGUGUCGAGUGCGUUGGCGAAGAACGAAACUAGGAAGGAGUUUUCGAAACGGAGGGGGCUGGAUGAGAGGUGGAAGGAUCCGAGCGAGGAGGCGGGGAAGUGGGUUAGGGACAGGUGCCGCAGGGGAAUUCGAGUGGGGGAAUAA